UUUACAUAUUUUUUGAACAAAAUAUUCAAAUACUGACAAUAAUGAAUCGUUGUAGGAGUUGGAAUUGAGUUUGUGGGUGAAUUUGCAAAUUAGCAAAUAGUGUAUUGCAUAGUAGAAGAUGUCAUUAAAAUCUGUCGUCUUGGGUGAUGAUCGAGAAGCAUCCAUCAAGCAUCAGAUUGUAUCGGUACAUAAAGCGUUAAACAAAAAUGAAGCACCGUUAAAGCACAAACACGCACGGCAAGUGAUCGUUGGGACGCAUAAAGAGAAAUCUUGUGCAUUAUUUUGGAGUUGUAUUUCACGCAUUCAGCUGGAAAAAAAUCCAGUCAUUAGUUGGAAAUUUUGUCAUUUGCUUCACAAGCUAAUCCAGGAUGGUCAUCGCAAAGUGCUAGAAGAAUCUAUUCGAUAUAAAACCCGUAUCGAAGCACUGGGAAACUUUUGGUAUCAUCUUGAGAAUUCCGAUUAUGGUCGGCCUAAUUCUUCUUAUUGUAAAAUGCUCGUUAACCGUCUCGAAUUUCACAACCGGAAUCAUUCUGUACCGGGGAAUUUAAGACUAAGCGCCAAUCAAGUUCAAGCUUUAGCAAAUGCCGAUGUGAACCAAUCGUUUGAGCUUUCAGUUGAAAUGUUAGAUCAGAUGGAUGAUUUGCUAGCUUUGCAGGCAGCCGUUCUCAGAAAAGUGGACACUGUUAAUUGGAGCUCCUUGGUCCCUCAAGGACAAUGCAUGUUAUCACCAUUAAUACUCAUAAUUCUUGAUACAAGCAAAUUCUAUGAUCAUCUGGUGAAAUUAAUUUUCAAGCUGCACUCAAAAUUGCCUCCAGAUGCAUUACUUGGUCACAGAAGUCGAUUCAAUUCGAUUUUUCGGCAAACGAAAGAGUUUUAUGAAACUUCAACAAAUUUACAGUAUUUCAAGUUCCUAGUCUCAAUCCCAAAAUUGCCAACAUAUCCCCCUAAUUUCCUUCAGGCGUCUGAAUUGGAAAGUUAUCAAACACCAAAUGCUUAUCUUCAUGGUGAUAGCGUUAGUGAAGCGGAUACCCCUCCUGAUGAACGAUCUGUAGCUGAGGAAAGUUUAAUCGAUGCUGUAGAGACUGGGUUCCAGAAUAGUUCUGGUCAUAUGGACUCAAAAGAUGCGAUAAUUGAAGCUUUAAGGCGGGAUGUGGAAGACACGCGUUACCAUAAUGAAAGGCUUAUGAACGAGGCACGUGCUCGUAUUGAACAGUAUGAAAAACGUUUAGUGCAAGCUCAGCAGGAAAAUGAUCAUUACAAGCAUACACUGGAUGAAAUGAAGGGCGAAGUCGAUAGAUUACGGCAGUUAACCAUAGCGAGGGGACAGCAGGCAACCGAUGAAGCUCGUCUACUUGAAGCUGAACAAAAAGCUCAAAGCAAUGAACUUAAUUAUCAGAAAAUGAAGAGCGCUUAUACUAACUUGCGGCAGGAGCACAUUGAGGCACUCACGAAGCUUUCCGAAGCUCAGAAGGAAUUAACAUCCUGUCAAAUGGAGAAGCAAACUAGUGAAGAAACCAUUUCAAAUUUGGAAAAGAAGGUGACAGAACUGGAACAAGAAAGAGUAGUUAUAGAAGAAAAAAUGCAAGAUGCUAAUACUGUUGUCAAUAGCUUCCAAAGAAGGGUAGCUGAACGAGAUGAUGAAGUUCAGGAACUGAACCAGAUUGCUAAAAUGACCUAUAGUAGGGCUGAUGCGGAAGAUUUAGAAAUUGUAGAAAAAGAUGUGUACGCCACGGUUAGCUGUACCAAUAUAUUACUUUUACCUCAGUCUUUUGCAAGCUUUGUGAUCAGAGCUUCACUGGGUGAAGUAUAUGAACAAAUCUUGAAACAGUUGUGUGAGGAUCUCCAGGAUGCUUUAUCAAUCACUUACCCCAGUCAAUUAGUUUUACCGGCUCUUCGUUUUAUCGUCGAGAUUACUGAAAAAGCAAUUAAUGAAGCUGAUGCUGAACAGUCUGACAAGUUAUUUCGCACUUUAACUUUUUUGGGCCAUUAUCUUGCAGAUGUUUUAUUGAAUAGCGCUGCUGCGGCUAAUGUUGUUUCCAUCCAGUAUUUUCAAAUAGUGCAGGAGCAAUGCUAUGCUGUAAUAGCUAAUGCUGUUGCUGCUUAUUCAGUGGUUGGAAACCCAAGUUUGAAGUCUAUUAAAGAACCUUUCCUGAAGCUAAAGAGUUCUUUGGAAAAGUUGGAAGAAAUUUGUCUCAAUUUGCCAGCUGGUUCAAGUGAUAUGACGGCUGAAGUGAUCGGUGCUGAGCUUGAGCAAGAGAUGAAACGUAUGGAUGAAGCGAUUCAAAAAGCUGUAGAAUUGAUUGAGGAAAUGCAAAAGAAAAGUCGAGCCAUUGAUUCCGGGAUACGUUUAAAAGUUAACGAAGGAAUUUUGGAUUCUUGUAACCAAUUGAUGGCAGCAAUAAUAACACUGGUAGCAAAAAGUCGCGCAUUGCAAGAAGAAAUCGUUGCUGCUGGUCAUGAUACGGCUAAUCCAAAUGAAUUUUAUAAGCGAAAUCAUCAGUGGACUGAAGGUCUACUUUCAGCAGCUAGAGCUGUCGGAGUUGCAGCCACUGUGCUUGUUCAGAGGGCAGAUGAUGUGGUUUCUUGUCAAGGCAAAUUGGAAUAUUUGAUUGUUGCAUCACAAGAGAUUGCAGCGAGCACUGCGCAACUAUUUGUAUCAUCUCGUGUAAAAGCAGACCGUGAAUCACAACGACUGAAGGAACUUUCUGCAGCAUCCUGUUCAGUGAAUACCUGUACUGCAAAUAUUGUUGCUACGGUGAAAAAUGCCCAAAUUACCUUGAAUGAGCAGAGAGAUCUCGACUUUAGUCAUUAUACUCUACACGAUACAAAAAAAGAAGAAAUGGAAAGCCAAGUACGUAUUUUGGAGCUGGAAGAUAAGUUAGUACGCGAACGGAUACGUCUUGCACAGCUUAGAAAACAACAUUAUCAGCUUGCACAAAUUGUUGAAAGUGAUAGUGGUUCUGCUGAGAAAUAA